AUGGUUUUUUUCAGGGAUGUACAUCACUUACGACAAGUUUGUAAAAAUUUGACCAAUAGUUUCACCGAUAAAAGGCUCCAAGAUUUCUUUUUCCACCGCUCUUAUCGCCUUUGGUUCAAUGAUCCCACUCAAUAUGUAUACUACUUCUUGAGUUACGCAACCAUUGGUGUUACACUCGUUGUUUGCUUCCACCACCUCAUGGGAAACCCAGACGUUACUGGGAGGAUUAGGCAUCUUCGUUAUCAAAUGCCUGAUAGACACAUGCUUCAUUCUCAUUCUAUUCCAUUUUUCAAUCAUACCUUGAGGAAUUUCUCUCAAAAAUUUACUGCUUCUCUAGUUGAUAAUGAACACGAUUUUACGCAAGAUAAUGAAUAUGCAUUUCGUCAAAAACGACAAAAACACUAUGGAAGGUUCCCUUUCAUAUUCAGCCUUCCUAGAUACUUCGUUGACGCCCCUGGAUACGAAAAUACAUUACACAAAAACGUUGAAAAACGCUAUCAAGAAAUGGGUUACUACUCUACUUAA